UGUAAAACAAAAGAAAAACUAGAAAAAUGUAAGUUCAUAGCAAAACAAAAUCUAAACAAAGUUCUUCGAAGGACACACGAUUUGUACUGCUGGAGUGUGCCUUGCUGAAAUAUACAGCUGACUAUUGUCUAGCGCAUACCUCCCACCUAUCUGAUUUACGACUCUUUGUCGUUGUUAUUAGAUGUCCACUUCUAAUACUACCCAGCAAGUGUGUGACGUUGGUGACAGUAGUUACAGUGCGUGUGUUUGUACUGAUCUUACAGACAACUACGGCAUUUUGCACGGACCUGAAUGCCACAAAUAGAUGUUCAACAACUCACAAGUGCCAAGUGAGAUGGAGGCCCUGUACGAGCCCCCGGCGCGGCCGGUGGGCCUGGAGCGGAUGGAGACGGCAGUGGCCAUCGCCAUCGGUGCCCUCGCCGCCGUCUUCCUGGGCGCACUCGUCGUGCUGGUCGUCGUCUGGCGCCGCCACCACACGCGCUACCUCGACAAGCUCAGUGCCGGGAAAGGAGAGAAGCUGCGAGACGUGGAUCUGCUCAUCACCGACGGCGGGGGCAGCGGCGGCAUCGGGGAAGUGGAACUGGGCGAGGUGGUGCUGAGCCCCGACGCGGAGCGCAUCCUGGGGGAGGCGGCGGCGGGUGUGGGUGCGGGGGCGGGUGACCUGGCGGCCCACGGGCUGGCCGUGCUCAAGGCCUGCCACGCCCUCACCGAGCGGCUCACACGCCUCGCCGCCGAGCAGGGCCGUGUCGGCACGAGUGCCUCCAAGAAGGGGGCCGGCAGUGUCGUGGCCGCCCACGACAUCGUGGAGGUGGCUCGUCGUAUCUCUCCGCGGGUGGACGACGUGGUGCGUGCCGUUUACCCGCCGAUCGACGCACGCCUGCUGGAGGCGCGCGCGGCGGCACUCGCCCUUGUGGUAACGCACCUGGCGCUGCUGGUGACAGCGGGUGGCAGUGCGGGGGUGCCGGGGCGGCGCAAGAGGAAGGCGGCGGCCGGGGGCGGAGUAACUACGGGCGGGACGGCAACGCCCAGCUGGCUGGCGCAGGCGUUGGCCGACAUCGACCUGCACCUCCUGGUGCUACGCGAGGCGGCGCUUUCCCAGGAGGCCGCAGUUCGCAUACAGAGUGUGAUGGGCACGGGCCCGUCGGCAUCACCGUCCACCACCCCUCUGUAGGGCUGCUUCACCAGCUCUACAGCGUUCUCUCUUUUCCCCAAAAUAUCCUUUUUCUGUGCACACUCCACAUAAGGUAGGGGCUGUUUUAUCCAGACCCUUGCCCAAAAACAGAAUCUCGGCGCACUCUCUCACUGCUGCACAAAAUUGAAUAGGCCUACAACUCUAGCGCCUAGUGAAGAGCUCUGACUGUGUUUUGCAGGUUCUACAGUUUUAUUGAGACAGAAUUUAUUUAGAGCUCCUUUUGAGUGAAGAAUCUCUGAGACUGUCUGUAGCAGAAAAUGAAAAUGAGGCAUAGAUACUUAACUUGCCCAUAUUUGAUAUAUAAACAAUAUAUUUGUAUGACUAUAUAUUUUGUACACUCUGUUUAAUCUGUAAUCCUGACUACAGUGGCUUCCUGAAAUGAAAUGUACUUUAAAAGUUUUCAUUUCCUACUUUCACCUCCACAAAACUCUUAUAUGGAAUCAUGUUUCGUGUUUAGACUCUAAGACUUUUUUUUAUCCCUACAGUACUUCUAAACACCCAGAAUCACAGUAAUUAAUUACUUUUUAAUCUGAUGUUGAUUGUACAUUUACAUGUUAAAUUUUGUUAAAUACAAAAACAAAAUUUAAAUAUAUUACUUACACCACUUAAUCAUCAGACUGUUUCAAUGUAACAGUCGUAUUUUUGCUAUAUGUAUACUGUUUUGUAUAUAUCAACUCUUUUGAUAAUAUAUCUAAGCAUAAACCUAUUUUCAGAAUCUGUUUCUUAGAUUUUAGCAUUUCAUAUGUAUUUCUGGGAAGAUAGGGGGGGAGGGGGUUACAUAUUGCUUGUACUAAUUUAAUGUUGUUGUUGGAGAUGUUGAUAUAAAACACAUAGAUGAUGUAAUUAUUUCUGCAUAUGGGAGAUAAAACUGAGAAACUGGUGUAGUUAGGGUAUAACCUUGUUACGUUUUGUACAUCAGUGCCUGGUGGCGAGAGUGGGAUGGAGGUUUUGCAUGGUUCUGCUGUCAGGUGGCACAGGCAUACUCUUCUGUCGGCAGGCAGUGUUUGGGUCGGUGAAGGUGUGGUGUAGUGUCAUGUACUUACUUAACUAAUUGAUCCACCGUCUUCCAUUAGCAUAGUUAUUUAGAUUUAAAAGAUUGCUCAUGCAGUGUACUGGUUCAGAAGGCCACAGACAGUGAAUAAUAUUGAUAUAUGCACAACAUUCAGUGGAAAGAGGACAUUUGAAACAUUUACUGUGGGGGAGUCAACUUUGUAAUUUUUUCGUGUUCAAAUGGUGAAUAAGGAAGAAAAUGUGUGGCAGCCUGUGUGUUGUCAAAAAUGAAUUGUCUGCUAUUGUUUAUCCAUUUGGAGGAUGAUUGAAAUGUGAACUACAUUUACUUGCUGUCACACAUGUGGAAUGGAAACAAUUGCUGCAUAUUUAAUUCUUUAAUAAAUGUAUGAUAUGCAAAUGUUGGAUAUCUGUUUACGAUUAACUGUCUUCAUUUUUCUUUGUUGAAAAUUAAUUGAUUGGGUUACAUUUUAUGGCAGAUUUUAUUUUUAUAGACACUUUACUGUAAGCUGUGCACUGUUGUCCACAAUCAGUUUACCUUUGGAAUGUUCUUUGACUUUGCCGUGGAGAGGGCUGGAUGAGGACUAACGAGCAGUGAUUAUUUUUUUACUGCCUGCAGAAUGUGUAUUUUAUUCAUAUUAGAAUUAGUUCUGAAGGCAGUGGAUGCUGUUUACUCUUCACAGGCUAUUAUAGAACUCAGAUCUCUUUUCCAGUACAUUUAAAAAAAAUAGAAAUCAGUUGUUGAUGACAUAAAUUGCUCCAUAUGUAGGUAAAUGUAUUAAAUCACCUCUGUUUCAGCCCUUGGCACUAGUGGCCAUAUGUUAUUAAUAAUAAUGAUGAUGAAAUGAAGGGGUAGCGAAUGAAAUGGUAUAUAUUGUAAGAGCAAACUGAAAGAGUUUGUAACAUGGAAAGACAGAUUAGUAAGAGUUUAUGGAGGCCUCUACGUGAUACCCUGGCCUUCUGUUGCCAGUUGGACCACUAUCCAAAUAUUCUAGAGUGUUCGUGUGAUUUUUUAGAGAGACAUAAUUGUGUGCUUCCUUCAAAGACGGAAGACCCCAUCUAUGUAACUAAUAUUUAUGGCCAGUGCCUGGUUACUUACACACAAACUGUUCACUGUUUGGGUGUGUUGCAAAAGUUGUGUAAUAAAAAAGUACCUUGAUUAACAAGAGAUAAUGUGCGCAACAAUUUGCAUUGUUGGGAGACGAAAAUGCAUAUUCUGCCCAUUUUCUGUCCAUCUCUCUGCUAGUAAUUUGAAAAUUACUUAAUGUAAACAGCAGAUGUAUCUUUAGGAUGAAGGGAAUUGUAUGUGGUUCCCUGUAUGUGCAAUGGUUUAUAAUAAAAUGGUCUUGUCAGUUUCCUAAUCUCUUCAAAAAGACUGCAGGAGGCAUUCCUUUGUUUUGUAAAUGAUGUAAUUAAAUAUUUGUAGAAAUAUAUGUAUAUUUUAGAGUAUUUUUCACAUACUUUACGUACUUUAAUAAUAAUGAAUUAUGUAUCAUGCUGUUUGAGAGCUGUGUAUUUUUGUGGAGUACAUUAGGCUGUGGUAUAAAAUUGUAGUAUUCGUCUGUUGCUAGGAAGCUGCGAAUCACCAUACAGUUUUUCAGUUCUGUGUCUGAAACAAUAUAGCAGUUUGAAGUUUUGAGCAUAGAUUCAAAAUUAUUGUCAUUGCAAAAAGAAUGCAGUGCCUGUUCCCAGGUGGGAAACAUACAGUAAUUCGAGAGCAGGUUAGCCGGUGGCACACGGGCAACUAGUCAGCGGGCGGGCAGGUGAUGCCUCCAUAUUGCAGCAUUCGUGCUGGCUUCACAGUAAGCAUGGCAGUGUCAAAUUGUACAAUACUAAAACUGAGACAUUCUAUCCUUAAUACAAAUGUUGUUUUUCUUCGCAUAUACAAAAAUCUCCAUAGCAAAAUGGGCAGAAAUGAUCAAAUAGCUUCAAAGAUUAAUUGGUAGUUCGCAGCAGAGUUGUACAAGUAGCAAGUAGCUCCUCUCCAGUUUCUCUGUGAAGCCUGAGGGCAUUGCCAGCACAGAGGCCUGAGAGGUGUCAUUGGUGUCAUUCAGCCAUCCAGUUGGGAAGCGUUUCCUUUUUCGUGGACAGUGAAGUGUUUUCUUGUGGAGUGUGAGUCUCUUGUAUUGUUUCAAAUUUACUCUUUGGUGCAGGCAAGUGUAACGAGUGCAUGUGUAGUUCAGCGGCCUUGCUCUUCGGGCAGUGCAGCAUGUGAUGUGGUGGUCAGGAACUGAAUGUGACUGCCUCUUCCCUCCUUCCUGUUUGAAUACUGAUGAUGAAAAUAAGUUUCAUCACCCUUAUUUGAACAGAGUACGUCAGAGUCGGAUGCCAUCAACUUUGAGUAAAGGCUUGAGGUGUUUUUUUAAAGUGUACAGUGAGAUUACAUGGUGUUCUCAGAUCAUAGAAGUUUAAAUCUGCCUGACUGAUGAAACUGUCAGAUUUAAACCAUCUCUACGUCAGUAUGUCCUGCAAUGUCUCACAAAUGAGAAUUGGCUGCUUCCUCAGUGUACUUCACUGAAGGAUUCCCCCUCUACAUAGGGCACAUGUUUCGGUGUUUCGUGUCUACUUGCCUCACGAGGAAUAUCUUGGAAAGAUGCUAAGUUUCUUGUAACUUACAAUAUUUCAGAUAAAGAAAAAGUCUCAGGUUUCCACCCGCGAGACAGUGUUAAAAUAGCACAACAUUUCAGAGAGUACCAUAAUCACCAUCUUCUGCCAAGGUGUUGAGAUAUGCAGAUGUCAGAAUAUUUACACUAGUGGUGUGCCCUCUUUGGCAUUCUGAAUAUGUCUUGUGUGCUGAGCAAGUUCUUGUCAUAUUGUCGCUAACGCAUUAUUCUGCGCCAAACUAUGUUGGUACCAUUCAUUUGUAUUGCCUGGAUUCUCUUGAAUCCUUAUUUCUACAGAUUCCCUUACAAUGCUAAGUCAAAAGUGUGGCCUUCCUGUGGGGUGUACUUUGCUAUUACUUAUUUUUCUUUGUAAACUAGUAAUACAGGCCUUGUAGUGUUGCCACUAAAUUAGGUAGUGAAUUUUCAUUAUGUUGCAGUUGAAGAGGCUCUAUAUAUAGAUUUCUUUUAAGCUGAUGACCAUUUCGCCAAUAGCAAUACCACAAUUCACUGAAAAGUCUUUUGCCUUUCUCUUGAUAUAUAGUAUAAUUUGAAUGUGUAUAUUCCUCUUAACAUUUAUUCUGAUGCAGCUUGUUUAUACCAGUUGGAAGAGAACAUAAAGAUUUUUUGUAACUUGAAAAACUGAUAACAUCAAAAUCACAUUGGGAAUCACUCCAGUCAGAAUUUACCUUUGCCGUAGAUGCUAUUGCACUGACUGUUGUCAUUACGUUACGAAAAUUCCACAUACUGUAAAUCUCAAAUAUUUUAAUGUCUGUACGGGAAAUUAAGAGAUCAAAUGAGUAUUCCAAUUCAGAUGUUUCCAGUAAGGUUAAAUAACUAUUCCAGUUCAUAUGUUUCCAAUAACUUUUUCUCUCCAGCAGAUUUAUUUGAGUCAAUGAAAUCAUGUUAGCAUACAAUUGCAGACCACUUCCAAAAUCAAACUUCAUGUACAGUUAGUUAAUACUUUAGUCUCAAUGCAGACUCUACGUAUUUAAUUACAAAAUUAAUAUUAUUUCAAUAGAAUAACAUGCAGGGAUGUUCUUGACAGUACUAUCGCGACUUCUCCUGGCAGCUGUUUCCUGCUACAUACUACAUCCAUAGAUAAUCACUGGACCACUUCAUGACAAACUUGUGCACUCAACAUUAAACAAACCAUUCUUUAAAAUACUGCUAAACACACAAUAAUAAAUGUUCAGAUAACUAAUUGCUAUUUACAUGAUGUUGGUGUUCCAAAUAAUAUUUUGAAACAAGGUACAGAGUGUUUGUCCAAUGUGUUAUUGGAGGCCUCAUUCACAAGAGAUCUUGUACAUCCCAGGCACAUUUCAACUAUAUUGGGUCUUUCACAGAGCCGAAGCACUCUUUCAUCUUACGCAGUGGUCAUAAGACAGUUUUUAGGUUACACCGAGAGAGGCCCCCAAGUAACGAAGUAAAGUGAUUAUCUUGUCUUCUUUCUCCUCUUCCCAGUUUGCUGCAUCUUUUAUCAACUGCCCUACUAAUCUGUGCUACUCUGAACGCGUAUUUGUGAAAUACUGCCUUCGUUUAUCACGCAUGACCUGCAUUCUAUGUACCACUGUGGUCAGUACAAUCUUCCAUUAUGCUGAAUGGUAACACUGUUGUGUAUGGGUAAAGGUCUGCAUGGGUCAUCUUCUUAUAUGCUCCAUGACCUAGUGUACCGUCUGCCUUCCUGUUGAUCAAGAAAGGGAGACAACCAUUCUCCUCUUUUUCCAUAGAGAUUGCAACUUGCCAUGAUCCCACACCACAAAAACAUUGUCAACAUAUCAGAAGUAGUGCUCGGGUUUUGGUAGGUACUUUGGAGGGCCAUCUCCUCAAAGUGUUCCGUGUAGAAGUUUGUAACCCUAGGAGCUAGUAGAUGACAAGUAUGACAUUCUUCGAAAUGUCGUGAUAAUUUAACACUGCCACUUGCUGGAAACCUGAGAACUUUUCACCAAUAGUAUAUGCUGGAUGAGUCUACGGUCACAAAUAUUUCAGGUGUUUGCACAAUAUUAACUAUGCUGUUUCAUAAUCAGUCUGUAAAAAAAUUCAUACCCACAUCAUAGCUACACGACCACCAAAACAAAAAAGGAUUUUGUAUUAACUCAGAUACAAGGGAAUUAAAUAAUUAAAGAGCCAAAUUGGUAUAAAAAGAAAAAGCUAUAUAUUUUACCAAAAUAAGACUUUUAGUACUUCUCAACAUAAUCCCCACCAAUAUUAAUUCGCUAGUCCUGGCAAUGAACUAGUUUUAUGUAAAGAAGUCUUUGUCUUGUUGUUUGAGCCACAUUCCACAAAUGUUUUGACAACAUCAUUGUUGCUGAACUUUUUCCAACAUAAUACCUCCUCGAGUGAACCCAAGUUUCACCACACAUUAAAAAUCCCGUUUAGAAAAGGGGUCACCUGCCCUUCCAUAGCUUUCUAUCGAGUCUGUACACACUUUGAGUCUUGUUUCCUUGUGUUGUGGUGUUAACUCUUUUGGGACCCACCUUGCACUUGUUUUGCUGCAAUUGAGCUUGUUUCUGACAAAGUUAUGAACCGUGCCAACACUUACUGCAACUGUCUUUGCUAUAUGUUCAACUCUAAUACUUUGGUCUUCUCGAAUCAUGUCAUCAAUGCAACUUUCGAGUGAAGUGGUUGAUACUUCAACUGACCAGCCAGGAUGUUGCUCAUCAGUCAUUGAGGUUAAAUCAUUUUUUAACUGCUCCGCACUUUUAUAAGUAUAUCCAUAGUUUGUACAACAUUCAUUGUACUGUAAAAUCAUCCAAGAAAAGAUUUUAGCCAGAUUUUCACCUUCGGAAAGCAAAAAAUCGAUCACUGAAUGUUGAUCAACAACUGUGGAUUCUUCAAGAAGACGCACCAUCAUUAAACGCAAUAUUGAGGUUAUAAAUAAACAAGUUUUUGUCCAUGAACUAUUCUUAGCUCGGCCCAGUGAUACCAACCUAAAAUUAUUAAUGUACAAAACUCAUCCCAUGAACUGUUUGAUUUUUAAUCAGUUUGUCUCUUUCAUUACUGAUUGUCCCUUUUAUAUGUACUGAAACUGUCAUCAAGAUGAAGAUUGCUUUGAAUGCUGUAGUCCUUUCUUAGCUGCAGUCCUACUGUAGCACGUACACCCUUGCCUUUCUUCCACCUUGCAAAUGACUGACUUAGUCAGUUCACAUAUGCUGCUAGGGAUAAUGUGUGAAACAUCCUCUGACACAACAGAGGAUUAAGUCUUGGAAUUUUCCAUCUGUAAUUUGUCAUAUAAUGAACAUUAAAUAAAAAUAUUAAUGAUAGGCAAUGAAAACCUCAUAACUCCAUUUUGUCAAAUUUUACUGGAGAAAGAAAAAAGAUUUAUUAAAAAUCAUAUAAAGUAAUGCCGACAAUGUUAGCACAUGUGUAGCUAUAUACUGUAGUAGAAAUCUUGAUGUUGGCAGAUUAAAAAAAUCCAUGUUCUUUCAAAUCUCUGUUUGACAGUGGAGUUACUGGAAUCUCAAGAUUUUCACAUACAGAUGGAGUUAUGAGGUCUUCAUUGCUUGCCAUUGUUAUAUUGGUACAGCGAUAAAGCUAACAUAGUUUUUAUGGACAUGUACCUAUUACCUAUUGAACUUAGUUACAAUUUAACACUCGAGCAACAGCUAGACUCCACUGCCUCAUCAGUCACUGCAAGAAAUUCAGUGACUCUCAUAAUUCAGUCUGGAAGUUCUUCCACUUUACAUUGGGUUGUUUGUUUUCGGCUCCACAGCCACAUUUUGGAGGUACUGUCUUCCCCCAUUUAUUGAGGGCACACUUAUGCUCUCUCUCUCUCUCUCUCUCUCUCUCUCUCUCUCUCUCUCUCUCUCUCUCUCUCUCUGCUUCUGAAUGGUAUGCAGAGAGGGAGAGGGAGGUUGGAUACUUUGACCUUGCCCUCUGCUUCGACGUGCUUCAGUUGUCCCCCUUCCCUCUUCUGACAUGGCUGUAUACAGUUCCAGCUUCUGACUCACAUCGAAUGAUAUGGGUAGAAUGCAACCAGUUUCACUUGUUUGAGUGGUGUUUCUUUAUGUCUUCCUUUGCUCUUCCACUAACACAUGAUAUGCAUCACCAUAUGUCCACAGAUAUUACAAUUGUCCCUAAAUUUUCUACACACACUUAAAGAGGUGAAACUGGAAGAGUUGUGCCGUUGCUAUUGCCUGUUGUGCCACAUGGCACAAAGUUGAGCUGAGAGACCAGCCUUCCCCUAUAGUACGCUCGGCAGUCCAGGUACAUUUGGGAGGCAGCAUGUAUUUUAAAAUCUUGUUUUAUAAAACCCACUCUUGUGGAUUUAAUGAAAAUGGCGUAUGUACUUAAAUAUUAUUAGUAUUAUUAAAUAUAAAAGGAAGUUUCUUUUACAUAUCCAGUUUUAAGUUUGUAUGCAUUGCAUUUUGUAUUAUUAUUGCCCUCUGCUUCUGCAUGCUGCAGAUGCUCCCUCAUUGUUCUUGCAACAUGUGGGUCUACACAGUUGCUGCUUUUGACUCGCAUCAAGCAGUAUAUAUAGAAUGUCGCUAUUCUCAUUUUUUGUGUAACGGUUAUUCUUUCUGUUUUCCCCUUGGUCUUCCUCAAACACACAAUAAACAUCGCCGUAUGUCAACUGACUAUAAAAUUGUUCCAAAAAUUUUUUACACACGCUCGACAAGGUGAAAUUGUGCCGACUCUGUUACCUAUCACACCCCAUGUUAAUGUCGAGUUGACGGCACUCACCUUCUUGUACAACAAGUGUGAUGCAUUUAGAGAGCCAAUAUGUAUUUUAAAUUUUUAUUUUGAACAAUCCACUACUGUGCAUUUAAUGAAAAUGAUGUAUUUACAUAUUUGUAGUAUUACCAAAUAACAAAACAAAAUUUCUUUAUCCACACAGAUUUUUUAUUUGCAUGAGUUGCACAUUUAUCGGCAUUACUGUUGUAUUUGCAUUGUAUAAUUGUUGUUGUUAUUAUUAUUAUUAUUAUUAUUAUUAUUAUUAUAUGUAACCUGUAUUAUACUAACAUAUUGUAACUUAUUAUUAUUAUAAUAAGUAUUAUUAUAUAUAUUAUAUAUUAUAUUAUAUAUUAUCACAAUAUAUGUAGUGAGAUGUUGACAUUGGAAUGUAACCUUGGCUACAUGUCUGUAUUUUAUUCAUGUUACUGUUGUGUAACUGUAUGCAACUUACCUAUAUUAUUGAUCAUAGUAGCAAGAUACAGGACGUAAUGUAUUCAACAAAUGGAAAUUAUUUUCAGAGAUAAAAAUGUGUAUGAUCUGUGUUAAAGUUGGAAGGUUUCUUGAAUACCUAUCAGUGUAAUGAAAGACAAUAAAGCUCCACCGUAUACAUCAAACAAUAA